CGCUUCCAUUGUUGUAGGAAGGGUGGAGGUGUUGGCUGCGCCUCGCGUUGCCUGGAGAACUGAAGGACUCACAGCAGCAAAAUGAGUCUCUCCCCAAAGCCCCUCCUUCCUCCUCCCCGGCCACAAAACAAAGGGCACCCCUUCCUGGUUGGGGGCAAAGGGUGUCGAGUGUCCCAUCUAGAACUUUGCAGUGCCCCGUGAGGGACCCGAGGCGGAAUCGGCCCCGAGUUCGUCGGAUUCUGCAGAUGUCUUCAGGAGGCUGGAAGAGAGCAAGAUCAUAGUGAGGAAUGAGAGGCUCUUAAAAGUGGAAACUUACCAUUUGUCAGUUUACAAGGAACUGGACAAUGACUGAUUUCAGGAAGAUGGAUGUCAUCAAUUUCACUGCCUUGCCAGUGGUGCCAGUGGAUGAGCACCUGGCUGUCUCACUCAUUGCACAGAAUGAAAUGAAGGAUGCCGUGAGGAAGGAUCCACAGGACAGUCCACCUUCGUGCCUUAUUGGCUCCAUACAGCAGGUGAACCAGACGAUUGCCGAAAUAGAUCUGAGUCCCAACCCGCUGGUGCACAGCCUGGCAAUUGAGAAAUUUGAGUUGGAGAAGAAGGCUUUAAGAGAGAAAAGUCACGGCGGCUCGGGAGACAGAGAAAAGAGUCAAAGAAAAUCAGAGUAUAUUUGCAAAGGCUCAGAAUCCAGGAAUGUCAAAUCUUUCAUUAUCAAAAGGAAAACAGCAGAUAAAAAUCUGCUGGCAGAGCUGUACCGGUAUCCACAGUUUGACAGCUCUAGGCCAAACAGUCUUCCGAACGGGGUAGACUUCUGUGACAUGGUGGGCAAUGUGAUCCGGGCAGAGAAAAACACUCUCAGUGGCAAGUCUUUCUGUUCAGGUAGAGAAUUAGAGAAGUUUCUCUCUUCUCCUUCUGUAAGAGCCCUGUGGUUGGAUAGCUUCUGGUGGAUCUUUCAUGAGAGGUACCAGCCAAAGAAGGACAUCCAGAGUGAGCUGUUCGACCGGAUAGCCCAACACUAUGCCUUUCUUCUGUUUCAUGAAUCCAGGUCCCACUAUGAGGAGGCUCUCUUAAAAAGGUUGCCAUCACUUCUGAGUAAAGCCCUGUACACCAGCUUCUGCUGCUGCUUCCCUCAGUCCUGGUUCAACACGCACAAAUUCAAGUCUGACAUCUGUAACACGAUGAGCCUGUGGAUCUCAGGUGUAUAUCCUUGCCCACAAGGCUAUAACAGCUGGGACUACUCGAAUCUGGAUCCAGAGAGAUUCCGGAGAGAAGAAUUAAUGUGGCAGAGAAACAGACUGCUGAAGGGAAGAGAGUUCUCUCUCCUCACUUCUAGGAGAUACUCCACCUGGAAUCCUACUCAGAGCAAGAGGAUCUCCUGCACUCAGUCUUCUGAUAUAAAUUCAACCAGCGAGAGAGCCUCUUUUGCCAAGAAUUCAGCGGAUGGCUCACAAAUACAGAAUACUGCAAAAGAGCAUAAUUAUCCGACUCUGGCCUUGAGGAAAACAACACAAGUGAAGGGGAUACCAGUAGCAAAAGAAUACGAGCAUAUGCUUCUUAAGCAGUCUUACCCUGUCUGCAGAAGCCCUGAGCUAACUUCAAACCUCUUCAACAUUUAUGGAAAGAGCCCUCUGAUUGUGUACUUCCUCUAUAACUACGCCACUCUGCGGCAGCAUGGUGAAGACGUGUUGAUAAUCAGGAGGGAAAAAACCAAGACUAUCCCUGAGUCCACCCUGACGUACACUGAGGUCAUCAGCCUGAGCCUGAGCAGCAUGAGAAAGCGGAGGGACAAAUUGCGCCAGUUGAACCAGCUUCACUGGAGAGAAUGGAAUUACUUCGACAAGUACCUGAAGGAGCUGCACCACAACUUCCUCAGGGAAGUGAAGAAUCUCAAUCAAAGAGCAAAAGAUAAAAAAAAGGCAAACCACAUGUUCCUCCAGCCUUCACCCGUCAUUGAGGAAUCCCCUGAAAAGAAACCUAGAAGAAGCCAUCAGAGGAAGACUGAGUUUCUUUUAAGGAAGGAAAAGAAGGAGAGAGAGGGAGAAUGGAAACAGCAGUUGGACUGUACUUCCUUCUUACCAUCAAGCCCUGAUAAAUUCUCUUCCCUGGAACUACAGAAUGUCUGAUACUUACGCUACCAGAGAGGUCACCAAGAAAUCAAAACAAGUGCAGAAAAAUGAAGUAGUCUUCCUUAUCCUGUUACCUUCCAGCUGACCUGCAUGAAGCCUUGUUCAAGAAUCAGAAGAAUUUUUUGGGUGAAACCUGAACAUGUUGUUGGAUUUGAUCUAAAACUGGAACAACAAAACAAACAAGUGAAAAAUAAUACUGCAAUACAUUUAGUCAUUCUCAGUCCAUAGGACAAAGAAUAUUAAAGUCCACUCCUACCCUGGGCCAAAGUCAGGAUUUAAAUUGAUGUUAAAUCACUUCAUUCAUUCAUGCAUUUACUUACUAAUUCUUUCAUUCACUUGUUCAUUAAUAAUAACACUGUGGACUAUAUAAUAUUAUUAUGUAACACAGUAAUCAUAGGAGACAUCAUUUAUUGAGUAUUUAUUAUUUUCUGAGUGCUCUAAGUCCUUUUUAGACAUUGUGUCAGUUUAACCCUCCUGUCCUCUCCUCCCCGCAGGUGGGUGUUGUUACCUCCGUUUCUCCUCAGAGGACACUGGGGCUUGGAGAGGUUGAGAAAGCACUCACCAGUGUCUAUCCUAUACCAUGCCUGCACGUACCAGGUCCUGUGGAUACAGAAAUGAACAAACAUAGUCCCUAACCUUAGAGAACACACAGGCUGGAAGAGGGGAUGAUGUGUAAACCAGUAACUGCGUUAAUGCUGUGUCAGAGAUCAGUGUGGAAUCCAAGAAAAACCAAGACGAGAGAGACUUCACUGAGGCUCAAAGGUAGAGGAGCUAGUGUGUGGAAGGACCUGCAGCUAGGCUGAGGGGUUUGGCCUUUAUCAUUCGGGCCUCAAAAGGCACAAGGGAGUAAUCUGGUCUGUGUUAGAAACAGUCCACCUGGCAGAGCCAAGAGGAAAAUCAAGCAGAUGGCUGUUUGCCUGAACCAAGAAGUAGUUAAGUACCUUCUUGAGACCUGUGGUGUCUCCCACAGAUACACAUCUUCACUUGACCCUGAGUGUAAUUCUAGGUAAAACAUUACCCAAAUAAAGGGAAGGAGGAAGGGUGAAGGGG